CUUUCUCUGGGUCGCUCUGCAAUGCGGAGCAGGAGGAAGGAGGGGGGGACCUGGUAGGGGCUGCCGGGCACUGAGCGCGUAGUCAUGGCCAGGUUUGGGCUGACCAUCGUCAGACAUGGGGAGACCAGAUACAACAAGGAGAAAAUGCUGCAAGGCCAAGGGGUGGACGAACCGCUCUCAGAAACAGGAUUCAAGCAGGCAGAUGCAGCCGGAAGAUUUCUUAGCAGUGUCAAGUUUACGCACAUUUUCUCGAGUGACCUGAUCCGGGCAAAGCAAACGGCAUGCUCCAUCAUGAAGAACAACCAACGCAGCGAGCCGGUGACAAUUAACUAUGACAGCAGGCUGCGAGAAAGGAAGUACGGCGCUGCGGAAGGUCGACCUCUAAGUGAACUAAAGACAAUGGCCAAGACUGCUGGGCAGCAGUGUCCUUCAUAUACACCUCCCGGAGGAGAGACUUUAGAGGAGGUUAGAGCUCGUGCCAAAGAUUUUUUUGAGUUUCUUUGCCGGUUGAUGAUUGAGGAAUCACGUGCUGCGGGAAGUCCUGGGAUCACGCCUGCAGACCUCGCCCCAUUCACGAAUCACGGCUGUGCAACUACAGACAGCGGCGAUAACACACUGGAUGCACACGUACUUUUAGUGAGCCACGGAGCAUACAUGAGGAAUUGGAUCAAGUAUUUUGUAGAAGAUUUACAAUUCACUUUCCCCCCUGAUCUGAAGAAAUCUCGAGAACUGUCCGUUAGUCCCAACACCGGGAUCAGCCAUUUUAUUGUCCGUGUUGAAUCGGGGGGAAACACGAUCCCUAAAAUCCAUUGUGUUUGUAUUAAUCGCCAUGAUCAUCUAGCGGAUGUAAAUGCAGACACUAGCCAUUAUGUCGUAUGACUUUUAUCGACUGUCCACAGUGUGUACGGCGUGAACACCCCUCGCCUCUAUAGGUGUUGGUGAACGUCUCUGGUUGGUAUCGUAUGCUAGUAGUUAAGGAAUAGCUGGACAGACAGGUGUUGCUAUAUAUAUAUAUAUAUGUAUAUCAGUGCAUGUAAUAAACAUAUUUAUAACUUACUCCUAAA